AUGUCUUUACUUACAGAGCUUGAUCUGUUCCAAAAUCAGAUAAUAUUCCUACCAGAAAAUGUUUUUAACGGACUUUCUGCACUUACCUAUCUUGAUCUGGGACUAAAUCAGAUAGUUGCUCUCCCCGAUGAUGUGUUUAACGGACUUUCUGCACUUACUGAACUGUAUCUGGAAAGAAAUCAGAUAGUUGCUCUCUCCGAUGAUGUGUUUAACGGAGUUUCUGCACUUACUGAACUGUAUCUGGAACGAAAUCCGAUAGUUGCUCUCUCCGAUGAUGUGUUUAACGGAGUUUCUGCACUUACUGAACUGUAUCUGGAACGAAAUCCGAUAGUUGCUCUCUCCGAUGAUGUGUUUAACGGACUUUCUGCACUUACCGAACUGUAUCUGGAACGAAAUCAGAUAGUUGCUCUCCCCGAUGAUGUGUUUAACGGACUUUAUGCACUUACUGAACUGUAUCUGGAACGAAAUCAGACAGUUGCUCUCCCCGAUGAUGUGUUUAACGGACUUUAUGCACUUACUGAACUGUAUCUGGAACGAAAUCAGACAGUUGCUCUCCCCGAUGAUGUGUUUAACGGACUUUAUGCACUUACUGAACUGUAUCUGGAACGAAAUCCGAUAGUUGCUCUCUCCGAUGAUGUGUUUAACGGAGUUUCUGCACUUACUGAACUGUAUCUGGAAAGAAAUCAGAUAGUUGCUCUCUCCGAUGAUGUGUUUAACGGACUUUCUGCACUUACCAAUCUGGAUCUGGGACGAAAUCAGAUAGUUGCUCCCCCUGAUGAUGUGUUUAACGGACUUUCUGCACUUACCAAUCUGUAUCUGGAACGAAAUCAGAUAGGUGCUCUCCCUGAUGAUGUGUUUAACGGACUUUUUGCACUUACCUGCCUAGAUCUGGGACAAAAUCAGAUAGUUGCUCUCCCCGCUGAUGUGUUUAACGGACUUUCUGCACUUACUAAUCUGGAUCUGGGAAGAAAUCAGAUAGUUGCUCUCCCCGAUGAUGUGUUUAACGGACUUUAUGCACUUACUGAACUGUAUCUGGAACGAAAUCAGAUAGUUGCUCUCUCCGAUGAUGUGUUUAAUGGACUUUCUGCACUUACUCAUCUGAAUCUGGGACGAAAUCAGAUAGUUGCUCUCCCUGAUGAGGUGUUUAACGGACUUUCUGCACUUACCGAUCUGUAUCUGGCACGAAAUCAGAUAGUUGCUCUCCCUGAUGAUGUGUUUAACGGACUUUCUGCACUAACUGAUCUGUACCUGGAACGAAAUCAGAUAGUUGCUGUUCCUGAUGAUGUGUUUAACGGACUUUCUGCACUUACCUACCUGGAUCUGGGACAAAAUCAGAUAGUUGCUCUCCCCGAUGAUGUGUUUAACGGACUUUCUGCACUUACUAAUCUGGAUCUGGGAAGAAAUCAGAUAGUUGCUCUCCCCGAUGAUGUGUUUAACGGACUUUCUGCACUAAAUGUUCUGUUUCUUAACGAAAAUCAGAUAACAUUCCUACCAGAAAAUGUGUUCAACGGACUUUCUGCACUUACUGGACUGGAUCUGGGACGAAAUCAGAUAGUUGCUCUCCCCGAUGAUGUGUUCAACGGACUCUCUGCACUUAACGUUCUGUCUCUUAUCGAAAAUCAGAUAACAUUCAUACCAGAAAAUAUGUUCAAGGGACUUUCUGCACUUAGUGAACUGCAUCUUGGACAAAAUCAGAUAGUUGCUCUCCCCGAUGAUGUGUUUAGUAGUCUGCUUGUUCAGUUAUACAAAGAGCUUGCCUUUGGAUAA